AUGUUGAAUAGAUGUCAGGUUGUUCUCGCAAAUGUGGAAGCACAUCACAAAGGCUUCUCCUACUACGACUUUGCAAAGAUCGUCGCACAGGGUAUUAAAAACUCCUAUUUCCUUGAUGAGGAAGCUUCGCUUGCUAAUUCACUGGCACACUAUGAAAGCACAGCCGUUGAGAUAGCCACCGCUCUCAACAACAAGGUGGAUAUGAUCGUAGUUCCCGUGAGAACAGGUGCUGCACUGAAAGGUAUUUCGAAGUACGCCGAGCAGCACCUUCCGGGUACCAAGGUAUACGGCGUUUGCAACGAUGACUCGUUCCCCCCAGUUCCUGAACUCGGACAUGCUUCAGCAGUUACCGAUAUUACAUCUGCUAGUGGUAUUGAGGAGGUAUCCUCUAAGGACGCCUUCCUUAUGGCGCGCCGUUUGAUCAAGGAAGAGGGAGUGAUGGUAGGACCGUCAUCAGGAGCAGCGGUUUUCGCCGCGUUCAAGUUCUGCUCCUCAGGGUCUGGUCUCUCAGAUGCGUAUCUUGAUUAUGUCGUAGCGAGCCAGCUGAGCUAA